AUGGCAGCAGCAAUCGCGCGCGACUGGUACGUUGUGGCGGAGGACCUCGGGGUCUGCCUGUACAAUGCAGCGUUGGUCGGCGAUGUGGGCCAAGUGCGACAGCUACUCGGCCAGGGCGUCAAUGUCGACUGGUGCGACUCGGGCGGGUGGACGCCGCUUUUCGCCGCCGCUGUCAACGGCCACGACAAAGUCGUGGGCCUCCUACUCGAUGCCCACGCAAACGUCGACCACACCUCCCAUACUGGCGUCACACCGCUCAUUGUCGCGGCGCAUCAGGGUCAUGCCAUAGUCGUGCGGCGCCUCCUCAGCGCCGGUGCCAAAGUCAACUCGAAAGACAGUAACGGCGAUACGGCACUGUACCUUGCGAGAAAGGAGGGCCACGCUGACGCCGUGCAGCUGCUCUUGGGCGCAGGCGCCAAAGUCAACUGCAUAGGCAGCGACUGCAAUUCGACGCUGCGCGGAGCGUCGCGGGAGGGACAGGCCGACGCCGCGAAGUUGCGCCCAGACGCCGAGUCACCUCUACAAAAGGCAAUUCGCAGCGACCAAGUCGGACAGAUCGAGAGGGUGCUGCGUGCCACCAACAUGGCCGUGGACGAGCGACUGCGGGGAGUCGUCUUUGUGAGCCCUUGGGACGGCGUCUCGCUCGUGGCGCACCCGGCGUUGCAGCAUGAGCUCACGUCCAAGCUCCAGUGCGUGUCUUCCCGAGCCUCGCCGUUCGCGGGCAUCAACCUGCUUCGCACCUCGCAGCUCUCGAAGCCGAUCCCCGAGCUCGACUUGCUGUACGCGCUCGAGCUGCUUCACUUGCCCGGCGAUGACGCAGCCGCCGUGACGAGCCACAUUGAGAGCUACUUGCGCCACUUGGUGCUCACGGGCAGCACCGCCCACCCGAUUCUGCUGCUCGCGUUGGGUCGCUGGCUCGUGGACCUCGCGUUUGUGAACGCGUUUGCGAGCAAAUACCCGGACGCUACGGACGCUUGGCUGCUCCCCGCCGAGAAGCAACACCUUGCACCGGCGCCAGCCGAGUCGCCAUCGUCGCACACGGACCUAUGUACUCGACAGCUCUGGGCGACGUUACCCGGAAAGCCACCAGCGGCGGCGCCGGCCAUGGACGCCCUCCUGGACCUCGUGGGAAUCCCAAAAGUCAAGCAAUUCGCGAUUGGACUCUUUCAAACCUCGGCGGCGCUGGCGAAGAUGACGCCCGACGUAAGGCAGAAGAACCCAAUUUCCUUUAACUACUGCUUUGUGGGCAACGCGGGCACGGGCAAGACCACGGUGGCGCGCCACUUCGCGACGCUGCUCCACGCCUCAAAGCUGCGCUCGAAGGACGUCUUUGUCGAGACGGACGCGCGGCAGCUCAAGGACGCCGGUGCACCGGCAUUCGACAAGCUCGUGCAGAGUGCUUUGGACGGCGUCUUGUUCAUUGACGAGGCGUACGAUCUUGAUCCAGGAGGCGACCUCCGCGGCAAGCCGAUCGUGGCCGCCCUCCUCACCGCGGCCGAGAACCUCCGGGAUCGCAUCACGAUCAUCCUCGCGGGCUACGAGACGGACUUGCAGACCAAACUCUUCGACUUCAACGCUGGCCUCAAAAGUCGAUUUCAGUUUGUGACAUUUGAGGACUUUGAUGUGAUGGAGCUGGCCGAGGUCUGCCGCCUGCAGGUCGCCGCCCGCGGUUGGACUGCUCCGAAAGAGUUUGCGACGCUUGUCGCCAAGAAGCUCAUUGUCGGCGCCGACACCAAGGGCUUUGGGUAA